CGGGAGAGAGCGGGCCGGGAACGGGCCGGGAACGGGCCGGGAACGGGCGGAAGAGCUCGGGAUUAACGCGGGUCCGGAGCCCGGAGACCCCGCAGCAGAAAAAAGGAAAGGCCGAGAAAGGCCCCCGAGCGCGACGCACGCGAGCCGCGGCUGCUGGGAGGUCAAAGGGCGGAGCUGGAGCCAGUGCCCCCCUGCAGGGCUGCCCUCGCUGCUGUGGCCCGGGAUGGCCUGCAGGUGAGGAUGACCCUGACUGAAAGGCUGCGCGAGAGGAUUUCGCGGGCGUUCUACAGCCACGGGCUGCUCUGCGCUUCCUACCCCAUCCCCAUCAUCCUCUUCACUGCCCUCUGCAUCCUGGCCUGCUGCUCGCCCCUGCUGAAGCUGCCCCUGCCAGGGACGGGCCCCGUGGAGUUCAGCACGCCCCUGAAGGACUACAGCCCCCCCGGGGAGCAGGGCCCGCAGCACGGGGAGCCCGCCGAGCGCCCCGACUGGUACGUGGGGGCUCCCGUGGCCUACAUCCAGCAGAUCUUCGUGAAAGCCACCGUGUCCCCCUGGCAGAAGAACUUCCUGGCCGUGGAUGUGUUCCGCUCGCCGCUGGCCCGCGUCUUCCCGCUGGUGGAGGAGAUCAGGAACCACGCCCUGAGAGACAGCUCGGGGGUCAGGAGCCUGGAGGAGGUUUGUCUGCAGGUGACAGACCUGCUGCCUGGCCUCAGGAAGCUGAGGAAUCUGCUGCCAGAGCACGGCUGCCUGCUGCUGUCCCCGGGCAACUUCUGGCAGAACGACCGCGAGCGCUUCAAUGCCGACCCAGAUAUCAUCAAAACCAUCCACCAGCAUGAGCCAAAGACCUUGCAGACGUCAGCCACUCUCAAAGACCUGCUCUUCGGGCUGCCUGGCAGGUACAGCGGGGUCAGCCUGUCCAACCGGCGCCGCGUCGUGUCCUACACCGUCACCCUGGGGCUGCAGCGCUACGACUCCAGGUUCCUGAGCAGCCUGCGCUCCCGGCUGAAGCUGCUGCACCCCAGCCCCAACUGCAGCCUGCGGGAGGAGAGCGUGGUGCACGUGCACUUCAAGGAGGAGAUCGGCAUCGCCGAGCUCAUCCCGCUCGUCACCACCUACAUCAUCCUCUUCGCCUACAUCUACUUCUCCACACGCAAGAUCGACAUGGUGAAGUCCAAGUGGGGCCUGGCGCUGGCGGCGGUGGUGACGGUGCUCAGCUCGCUGCUCAUGUCCGUGGGGCUCUGCACCCUCUUUGGCCUCACGCCCACGCUCAACGGCGGAGAGAUAUUCCCAUACCUGGUGGUGGUGAUUGGCCUGGAGAACGUGCUGGUCCUCACCAAGUCCGUGGUGUCCACGCCCGUGGACCUGGAGGUGAAGCUGCGCAUCGCCCAAGGCCUGAGCAAUGAGAGCUGGUCCAUCAUGAAGAACAUGGCAACGGAGCUGGGGAUCAUCCUCAUCGGGUACUUCACCCUGGUGCCGGCCAUCCAGGAGUUCUGCCUCUUCGCCGUGGUGGGGCUGGUGUCAGACUUCUUCCUGCAGAUGUUCUUCUUCACCACGGUGCUGUCCAUCGACAUCCGCCGCAUGGAGCUGGCUGACCUGAACAAGCGGCUGCCCGCCGAGUCGUGCCUGGCCAAGGCGGCGUGCCGUGCCCGCGCGGCGCUGCGCCCGGCGCCGCCGCACACGCCGCACACCAUCACCCUGCAGCCGUCCUCGCUGCGCAACCUGCGCCUGCCCAAGCGCCUGCGCGUCAUCUACUUCUUCGCCCGCACCCGCCUGGCACAGCGCCUCAUCAUGGCCGGGACGGUGAUCUGGAUCGGGAUCCUGGUGUACACGGAUCCCGCUGGGCUCCGCACCUACCUCACCUCCCAGGUCACCGAGCAGAGUCCCCUGGGGGACGCAGGCCUGCCUGCCAUGCCCGUCCCGGGGGGGGUCCUGCCUGCUGGGGACCCCAAGCUCGACCUGUCCGUGUUCCCCUCGGAGCCCGUGCAGCUGCUGGAGAACCAGACGCAGGCGCGGGAGCAGCUGCAGCCCGAGCAGCACGGCUGGGCCCCGGGCCCUGAGGGCAGGGGGCAGCUGGAGCUGGGGACAACGGAGGCACAGGUCACCUGGGGAGCGGAGGAUGAGGAGAUCUGGAGGAAGCUGUCCUUCAGGCACUGGCCAGCCCUCUUCAGCUACUACAACAUCACCCUAGCCAAGAGGUACAUCAGCAUCCUGCCAGCCAUCCCUGUGACGCUGUACCUGAAGCCCCAGGAGGCGCUGGAGCUGCGGCACCCGCAGGAGGCACGGCGCUCGCAGCCCCUGCUGGGCACGGCCCCGCAGCCGGAGCCGCCCCGCGGCCACCAGGACGUCACCCUCUACAAGGUGGCUGCUCUGGGGCUGGCGUCAGGCAUCUUGCUGGUGCUGCUGCUGUUCUGCCUGUACCGGGUGCUGUGCCCCAAGAACUACGGGCAGAACGGGCCGGGCCGGCGCCGCCGCGGGGACCUGCCCUGCGACGACUACGGCUACUCGCCCCCCGAGACCGAGAUCGUGCCCCUGGUCCUCAGGGGACACCUCAUGGACAUCGAGUGCCUGGCCAGCGACGGGAUGCUGCUGGUGAGCUGCUGCCUGGUGGGGCAGAUCCGCGUGUGGGACGCGCAGACGGGCGACUGCCUCACCGUCAUCCCCAAGCCCAGGCUGCGCAGGGACAGCAGCGGCAUCUUCGACUACCAGGAGGGCUGGGACCCCAGCCCGGAGGGCAAGAACGGGCUGGAGGACUCCUUUGAGAGCAGCCACCAGCUGAAGCGGCUGCUGGGGCCCCCGCAGCCCCCCCUGUUCUGUGACCAGCCCGACCUCACCUCCCUCAUCGACACCAACUUCCUGGAGCACGCCAAGGCGGCCGAGUCGGAGCCGCGGCUGCGGGCCGUGGGCGCUCGCCACAAGGGCUCGGGAUACGACUUCAGCAGCCUGGUGGGGAAGGUGUACGAGGAGCACGGCGGCCCCGGCUGCAGGAGCAGCGCCCUCCCGGGGCUGCCGGCCCCGCAUGGCCCCGGCCCGGCCGACGGCGACGGCCUCGGGGACGAGCCCUGCGCGGGCUGCGACAAACCCCCCGCCCCGCCGUCCUGGGCAGGGGACCUGGAGAGCUCCAUCUGGAGCCUGGAGCUGCAGGGGAACCUGAUCGUGGCUGGCAGGAGUAAUGGGAAGCUGGAGGUGUGGGAUGCCAUCGAGGGGACCCUCCGCAGCAGCAAUGAUGAAGGACAAUCUGGCAUCACUGCCCUCGUCUUCCUCAACAACAGGAUCGUGGCUGCCCGGCUGAAUGGCUCCUUGGAUUUCUUCUCUCUGGAGACACACACGUCCCUGAACCACCUGCAGUUCCGAGGAGCCCCGGGCAGGAGCAGCGUGCCGCCGUCGCCGGAGCUGUGCCGCGGGGCCGCGCUGCGCUGCCGGCUGACGCACAGCGUGGCCUGCGCCCACCACAAACCCAUCACCGCGCUCAGGGCCGCCGCCGGCCGCCUGGUCACCGGCAGCCAGGACCACACCCUGCGGGUGUUCCGGCUGGAGGACUCGUGCUGCCUGUUCACCCUGCAGGGCCACUCGGGAGCCAUCACUGCCGUGUACAUCGACCAGACCAUGGUGCUGGCCAGCGGGGGCCAGGACGGGGCCAUCUGCCUGUGGGACGUGCUGACGGGCAGCCGUGUCAGCCACAUGUUCGCCCACCGCGGGGACGUCACCUCGCUGACCUGCACCACGUCCUGCGUCAUCAGCAGCGGCCUGGACGACGUCAUCAGCAUCUGGGACCGCAGCUCGGGCAUCAAGCUCUACUCCAUCCAGCAGGAGCUGGGCUGCGGCGCCAGCCUGGGCGUCAUCUCCGACAACCUGCUGGUGACAGGGGGCCAGGGCUGCGUGUCCUUCUGGGACAUCGGCUACGGGGACCUGCUGCAGACCGUCUACCUGGGCAAGAGCAACGAGUCGCAGCCGGCGCGGCAGAUCCUGGUGCUGGAGAACGCCGCCAUCGUCUGCAACUUCGGCAGCGAGCUCAGCCUGGUCUACGUGCCCUCGGUGCUGGAGAAGUUGGACUGAGCAGCACGAGGGGCCGGCGGGGCUGGGCUGUGCCGGAGAGGGACCGGGCCCUGCUCCGUGCUCCAUCCGUGCCACCGGGCGGGGUGGGGCCGCCCCCCUCUGCUCUCCCCGGUCCGGCACCUCGGGGAGCCCCGGCAGCGCCACCGUGCACACGGACACGGGGCAGGGCGGGGACAGCGGGGUGGCUCCCAGGCCGGACACCCAGCGGCGGCUGUGCCGGCCCAGCACCGCCCCAGGACACGGAACAGCCCCGGGUGGCAGCCGGGAGAGAACCGGACCAGGACCGGGAGCGGGACCGGCCCGUCCCGGGCGCGGCUCGGCCCCCUCGUGCCUUAGGGCGCGGCAGGGCCCCGCCCGAGCCCGCCCGGGGCCGCAGCUGCCCCCACUCUAUUUAUUUAUACGCUGUAAAUAGUUAUUUAUUGGGGCAGGGGGCGCGGGGCCCAGCCCCGGCAGCGCUGCCCUGGCCGUGCCCUGGCACAGCUGCCCCGCCCGGCUCCCUCCUGCAGCAAUAGCACCUUCCUCCUCCUCCUCCCCUUCCUCCUCCUCCCGCUGCGGGGCCAGAGGAGGCUUUUCUCAGGUUGGGAGCGGGCGGAGCUCUCGCCCCCCUCCUGCAGGCGCUGGGGAGGGGCCCGGGGCGGCAGCCGGGGCUCCCCCGGGCACGGGCCCCGCUCGGACCGGCCCCGGCCCGUGCCCCGAGCCGCCCUGGCUCCGUUCUCGACCCCCGGUGAUUGUAGAGGCGGCGGCGGCCCGGGGCAGGGGGACCCCGGGAGCCGGCCCACCCCGCGGGUGGCCUUGGCGCAGCUGUACCUUUGUGCUGUACAGGGGACGCUUUUUGUACCGAUCGUGUUUUAUAACGUGUGCGGAACAUCCAUUAAACGGAACUAACCCGA